AUGACGGCGCUUCGCAUGGAGUCUUUUGAGAUGCAUGAAUUCUUGGCCGUUAUUAAGAAACACGUGUACUUGGGCCUCAUUCUGAACGUCAAAAAAGCAUGCGUGACGUGUCGUUGGCUUUUUCCGGGUACACUGUUAACUAGAAACCGCGCACGAACGGCUGUCGUUGGACCAAACACUGUGCAUCGAAGUGGUGAGGGAUCGUCUUAUGAUUAUGGGCCUAUCGAUAAAACCGGUUUGUGCAUUUCUUAUUAA